GUCCGUAUUUUUCCAAGUCUGUUUUAGAUUUUUUUUGUAGAGUGCGCAAACCUUAUAUGAGGCAAACCUUUGAGUUGCUAAAAGUCUUUCUAUCAAGCUAAGUACUCAAAAAAUACACACUUGCGCAAACAUUUUAUUGUAAGGUUAAAUAUGUAGCUUAUUGGAACGUUACUGUAGUACGUCUUCAUUGUUUUGCACAUUGAUACGUUUAGCUUGUGGCUAACUGUUACAGUGUAGUUAGCUAGCUUGGCAGGUAAAGCAUCAGUCCGAAUGUCGUCAUCGCUUCUGUUCUGGUUACGUAAUUCAGUUGUCCGUUGAUUAGUCACCAAUUUUGGAUUGGGUCAAUCUUUGAAACCCGACGUUACGUUAGCCGUUUUUGCCGGCUUCACACAGUUAUCGCCGGUUUUGAGUCAAUUAUGGACCUUCACAAGAUAAUCCAUGAUACGCUGCAGGAGUUCAUUCAGACAUAUAUUCCUGAUGCCGACCUGAGCUCCUUGGAUGAUGUAUUGCUCUCCUACAUCACUGGGGUCCUGGAGGAUCUGGGUUCUCAGGACAGUGUGGAGGAGAACUUUGACGUGGAGGUGUUUGCAGAAAUGCUAGAGGCCUACAUUCCUGGUUUUGCUGAUAUCGACAGUGUUAAGGUUUGCGACAUGAUGUUCAGCUUGGCUUCGAAACUAGCUGCAGCCCGGAUUUCAGAAAAAAGUGUGCCUAAGGCUCGAAUUGAGAUCCCACUGACACACAGCGCUACUUCUGCUGGACCACCUGAAAGAGACAUGCACUGCCUUGCAUCACAGACAGAGGGGGCUACUGCUAAGAUACUGCUCUCUGAGUGGGAGGCUCAGGAGUCGCUUCUGCUGGAGAUGUUCCCUAAGUGCAGCCUUUCAGAAGCAAGAAGCGCCCUGUCUAUUGCUAAAGGUGACAUGGAGGAGGCUGUACGUCUCAUCGUCGAAGGAGACGUCCAGCUCAGCCCCUCUCCUCUCAACGUGAACCAUGGGAAGACUGUCUCCCCUCAGGCGGAGCAGAAAAUGAAAGAGAGCAUCCUUGAGAAAUAUAUGCUAGUGGACAGGGAGGAGGAUAAGAAAACACACCGGCCUGUGGCACCCAAAGAUGCCCCCAAGAAACUGGUGCGUUAUCACGGCAACCAGGUGGUGACCACAAAAGGGGAGCGCUAUCAACUGGUGAAGAAGGAGGAGAAUGAGGAGAUGAAGAAGACUUAUGUCAGUAUCAAACCGGCACGCAAAUACAGGUUCCAUUGACUGACUGGCACCGUUCUCAAAAUCCAACUGUGGACAUAGUCGUUAAUGUUUUUCUGGUAUUUUUGCCUUAUUGUUUUGUUACACUUAAACGCAACAAUUGUUGUGUUUGUGUUUAAUUGUUGUGUUUGUAACAUAAAACACAACAAUUAAAAUUGUUUGUGUUUGGUUGUUUUUUAUGAGUGUCUGGUUUUAGAAAUGUUUGGCGGUUGUCCUGCUUCAAAUGUAAUAUCUUCUCUGCAGUCUUUCCCUGGCAUUGUUUUGUUCUCUGGAUAGAUGAUAGUGUGCUCUUGUAGUGAGCCAUGUGUCCUUACCAGAACUAAUAAGACUUGACUUAUUUAAUUAGACUUGACCAUUUAAAUGUUAUAUUUUGUAUUAUGAAAGCUGUACCUUUUAUUGAUAUUACUUCUGGUAAGAUAUACUUGACUUAAGACCAUUUAAAUGUGUUAUGUUUUCUAUUAUAAAAGCUGUACCUUUUUAUUGGUGUUAUUUCUGGUAGGCUAGACUGAUUUUGCUGUUCAUUUUAAAAUGCUAUGAGCCAAAACCAAGUAGUUAACCAGUGGUGUUGCUGUGCAAAAACAAAUAAGUGGGCAGGAGGUUAGCAGUCAUGAAACAGCGCACUAAUAUGCAUUCAGUAUUAUAGAUUUGUAAGGAUGGGAAAGGCUUUGACAAUGUAAUAUAUGGUAUUUUUAUUUAUUUGGUUAUUAACUUGCACAGAGGAAAGACAUUUCUGUACUGUAUCUUUAACACUAUUUCUCAUAAGAGUAUGUUCAGACGGAGCCUGUGCAUCCAUUGGCAUUUUUAUUAAAUUUAAAAAUGUAUUAUCCAUGUACACAAUAACAACCAUGUUAUUUCCUUUGUUUUCAAAGUUGCAUUUUUGGAAUUGUGAAUGAGGUAUUUUCUUGGACCAAGUUAUGGAGAAUGAGAAACUGUAUACCUACUGCAGAUAAGAAUGACUGAACCACACUCCAGAACAGAGGGUGAGGAGACUCAUCUAGAGAGGCAACAGCUGUGCUUGAAAAGUGAGUCCUAUAACAGGAUGAUCAGACAGGUUCAGUGAACGCAGGCAGGAGGGACAGAAGCCCCAACCCUUGUGAGACACGAGUAAGCGAUGGAGGCAGCUAAGUAAAGUGGACCGUGCAGGAGAGGAGCAGAACCACCCCAGCUUACACUCCUACUGCCCAUCUCCAUCAUAAAGACCGAAAUAUUCACUGUGGAGAUGAUAUGGGAUGCGGUGUGUCUGUUGGAAGAGUGACUAAGUGACCUCGCUAAGCACUGCGACACCCCCAGCAGUAUGUGGGAACAACUGCAGGCCAGGGAAAGGUGCGGACAGCCAUCUGGAGUUACCUUGGCAACAGAACAGAAAUGAACCCAUAGAAGAUUGUCCAUCUUGAGUUACACUGAUGACAGUACAAGACAGAGGUAAAAGGUACGUUCAGGCUGGUCAUGUGUGUCUGGGCUUAUAAAAUAUGACAUGCUUCUUCCUGAUGUAGUGUUCUUUUGGUCAGAGCCGAAUGGGUGUGGAUCCUACCUGAGUUAAAUCACCAGAAAAUACAGUUCCAACUACAGUACAAAACAACCAUUUAUUUUUGUAUUAAAGUUUCACAUACAUCAUUUUUAGUCUACAAUCAUAACAAAGUUAACAUUUCUGUAGUAAACAGAACAAAGUAUUGGGUUGUAGACUCCGACUAUAAACCCACUGCCAUUUCACACAAAUACAUUACAAGACAGUCAUUUUAUAGUUCAGCCAUGGAAUUCAUGUACGUGCAAUGUAAACAUGUUAAAUACAAAGUAAAUACUGUAGGUUUUACAUUUCUAAUACCAGAACUAAUAGCCACAUUUGUACAGCUACAGUAUUCAAAUUAGCUUUAUUUUUUAAUUAAAUGUGGUUAGUCUAUUAUAUCAAACUUGACAUAAGGUUAACAGUUACAUUUAAACACUCAAGCAAUGAUACGUUAAAAUAAAAGGAUAAUUACAAUAA